AUGGCGACCCUUCUUGACGCGUUGCGCCAGUUAAGCGUAGUGGACUGUGACACUCUUGAUGCAGAAGGCAAGCCAGCCACUCUAGGCGCGAUUGCCGCCAAGUUCGGUCCUUUCUCCGACUGCACCUCAAACCAAGCCAUCGCCUUCGCCGAGCUAAGCAAGAUCGACAGCGAUGGGAAGCCGCUGUACCAAGAGUUGAUUGUCGAGUCCCUCCAGGUAGCACACUGGCUGUUUGGCAAGCAGACGGAAGCAACGCUGGAGGAGCUGGCGGUCGAGCUGAUGAUGGUUGGCCUCUCGCUCCGGAUGGCACCUCACACGACUGGGUACCUGCAUGUGCAGACCAACCCCAAGCUGGCGUACUCUGCACAAAAGACCAUCAAGAACGCCGAGAGAAUUGUCUCCCACCUCAGGCAGCUCGCUCCCGCCUUCGACACCAGCCGUGUUUGCGUCAAGAUCCCAGCAACCUGGGAAGGCCUCCAAGCAUGUCGCGAGCUUGAGAAGAAGGGCAUCGCUACGCUUGCCACAAUCCUCUUCAGCUUGGAGCAGACCGCCCUUGCGGCCGACGCUGGAUGCCGGUACAUCGCUCCCUACGUCAACGAGCUGCGUGUGCACUUUGACCCAAGCUACGUCGACACCGCGCCGUCCGUCGCCUUCUGCGGCGCCGCACAGCAGUACCUGGACUCGCGGGUGGACAACCGAACACAGGUCCUCGCCGCUUCCCUGACAUCCAUUGAGCAGGUCAUGCAGCUCGCCGGCAUCCGCCACAUCACUAUCUCGCCGCCGCUGCUGGCCACGCUGGCGGCCAGUCCCGCAGCCGACUGGCCAGGCGCGGCGAGCAUUGGGGACGUUAUCAAGAAUGUUGCCGCAGCCGCUGCUGCGCCUGAGCGCCAGGCCCAGCUCGAGGCACUGGUGAACGACGAGAGUGGGUGGAGGAUGGCGUUCACGAGGGCCGGUGCGGGAGCUGCGGAGACGAAGCUGGUCCAGGCGCUCAAUAUCUUCGUCGAUAUGCAGGAGAAGCUGGAGGAGAUCGUGCGCAGGGCGGAUGUCGCGAUGCGGGCCGACUCUACGUGA